CGCCGCCGCCGCCGCCGCUGCUAUUUAUUUGCCUGCUUUUCGCCUCACUGGCCUGCAACACAAUGCAACAGCUGGACAGACAAGCAGCAGACUCCCAGUGUGUCGGUGAGGUUGCCGUGACAACCAGGCCUCUCAUCUACAAAUGCCGAUCGCCCAACAUGGAGGUGUUCACCUGCUGGUGGCAUCCGCUCAGCAACCUGACGGAGGGAGAGGAGGUGACCUACGUGCUCACCUAUUCCAAAGACAAUGAGCCCAAACACGAGUGUCCCGACUACACGAGCAGAGGUGCCAAGAGCUGUUUUUUUGACAGCAGCCACACGUUCAUAUGGAGCAUCUACUGCAUGAACGUCACGGCCAUAACGGCACGCCAGAAUUUUACCUCACCUCAACAUUGCCUUGAUGUCGCUGACAUCGGUAAGGUCAUAUCUGAUGUCAAAAAGCCGCACGUACAAAGGUAGACCUUCCAUCCAUCC